AUGAACAGCGUCGGCGAGGCCUGCACGGAGAUGAAGCGGGAGUACGACCAGUGCUUCAACCGCUGGUUCGCCGAGAAGUUCCUGAAGGGCGAGGGCGGCGACGGCAGCGGAGACCCCUGCGCCCAACUCUUCAAGCGCUACCAGCUCUGCGUCCAGGCAAGAGAGGGCGCCUCUGAGCACAUGCAGAGGUCGGGGCGGCGGGGCUUGCGCUUCAGGCUUCCGCACCUCGCGUUUAAAGCGCUGUUUCUUGCCUCUCUGUCUCGCUUUAUUUCCUCUAAGGAGCUGGAACAUAGUCGCCUCCCCCCAAUCUCAUUUAAUCCUCUGGGUGAGGUUGCGAGGCUGGGACUUCCUCAGGGUCACCCAAGUAAGCUCGAUGGUCCAGGCCAGCCAUAGCUGUCAACUUUUCCCUUUUCUUGCGAGGAAUCCUAUUCGGAAUAAGGAAAUUUCCCUUUAAAAAAGCGAAAAGUUGUCAGCUAUGAGUCCAGCACUCUUGAACAUAACGCCUAGCCAGCUCUCAAAACACGUAUCUGAACCGCUUAAAAGCUACAAUAACACUGUGAUGGUCACAGCUCAGAACUCUAGAAACUUCAGUAUGUUCAGGGUGCUGCGGGCUGUUAGGAGAUGCUUCUGCUUGCCUCAUGUAGCUGCCAUUCCCAGAGUCCCCUGUGAUGGUGAAGCCAUUCUGGGAAUUGUCGUUCCAGAAAGGGAAUUCGGUGGUCUCUUAACAAAUCUGAGAGUCAGCGUGGUUUAGUGGUUAGCAAAUCAGACUACCAGGACCUGGGAGAACAAGGUUCAAAUCCCCAUUGGGUCAGGAAGGUCAUUGGAUGUACCUUGAGGCCAGUCACUCCCUCUCAGCCUAACCAAUCUCAUAGGGUUGUUGUGUGGAUCAAAUGAGGAAGGGGAGAAUUCUGCGCACCACUUUGAGCUCCUUCGAGAAAUAGGUGGGGUAGAAAUGCAAAUUUUAAAAUAAAAAACCCAGCACCCUUGACAAACUACAGUUCCCCGGAUUCUUUGGGGGAAGUCAUGGUCCUUUAAAGUGGUAUGAUACUUCUUUAAAUGCAAGAUGUGGCUCUCAUCUCUGUUAGGGGACCUCAGGCAGGGUGUGCUUGGUGGUGGUCAGUGGGGGAGGGCGUGCAGGUCUUCCUUUAAGUGAAGUCAGACAAGAUACUGCCCAUAUUUUUCUGUGUAUAAGAUGCCCCCAUGUAUAAGACACACCUAACUUUUUCGUUAAAAAACCUAAUCUUAUACACGGAAAAAUACGGUACUUUGCAUGGGUUGCAGAGAGAGAAAAUGGGGAGCAUGUGUUUACGAACAGAAAAACACUUGCUUUUGCACUGUAGAAAAAAUGUGGUAGUAGUUUGAGUAGUCUCCAGAUGUUUUGGACUACAGCCACACCAAUUGCAGCUGGUGGGAGUUGUCCCAAACAUCUGGAAGGUGACAGAUUGUCAAAGACUGCACUAUGGACUGUUGUCUCGUGCUGAUGGGAGUUGUGGUCCAGGACUUCUGGAGGCUACCGGGUUGGCCAAGCCUGGUCUAUGUUUUACGAGUUCCACAUUCUGUGGUAUAUGAUUCUAAUCUUUUUUUCCCUGUGUCUUAAUACAAUUUUUUUCUAUUGAGACAAUUAAGUAAAGUGACUGGGGCUUAUGAGAAUUGUAGUCCAAAACAUCUGGAGGGCACUAGAGUAGCGCAAUCUAGGUUGGACUAGGGCUGGGUUGAUCCAAGUUCAAAAUUCCCUAUUUGGUCAUUAAGCUCCUUGGGCCAGAUGCUACCUCUCACCCUCAGGAUUAUUGUGGGGGAAUGGGGGAGGAGGAGAGUUGGGUACACUGCUUUGUGAUCCUUAGAGGAAGGGUUGAGUAAAGGGCAACAUAUUCACCAGGUCUCAAAAUCAGUCCCUGGAACUUCUAGUGAGCGGCUCAGGCUGCAAUAAUUGUACACUUACCCCCUCCCCCAGACCCUAAUAGAACAACUGGUUGGUGGAGGCAGAACUGAUCAACAUGCAUACAUCACACAAAACUCUGGAAGUCACAAUCAUAGAAUUGUAGAGUUGGAAGGAACCCCGAGGGUCAUCUACUCCAACCCCCUGCAGUGUAGGAGUCACAAGUCUCUGCCCACAGAAUCUGGGUAGCAUAGUUUAUGACAGGGGUGGCAGCCUAUGUUUUUUUGGCAGGGAAAGAAGUUGAACUAUAGGAGAACAACUUUUGUUUUUUCUCCGAGUGCCAUUUUGUGUUUUGCUUUUACACAAGCAAUAAUGUAAUAGGUAAUCCACGCAAUAAGAUGUUUGUGUGGGUGUCUUGCAAGGGAACGAGAAAGUUAUAGUCAUUACAGCAAUUGCUAUAAUAGUAUAUGUCCUCACUUUAAUGCUGUUUGUGUAGUUGUUGCUGUUUAUACAGUGCUAUUACCAUAUUUUUGCUUUUAAUGUUCUGUGGAUGGAUCCCUGACCUCGGGAAGCUUACAAUCCAGCAUAGACAAUAGCCAGGCAUGAGAAAUGCGUUUGCAAAUACUUUGCAAAUUUCUUUAUAUUCCACUUUUCUUCCUCCAUGUCUCCCACGGUAGUGCACAUUUAGGUGCUAGACAUUCUCUCCUCCAGGCACUGAUCAGACCCAGACCUGCAUGUGCCCUCAGAAUGUAUCCGGGGACAUUUUAGGAAUGUGUACACAAUUUUGGGAAGGAGCUUCAGACAUAGGGAACAAUUUUGCCUCUACCCCCAAAUUUUGCAAUUCUCUCUGUACAAAUAGGGAAACCACUGUCCUAAGCAUAAUACGGAAUUUGGGGGCUUUAUCAGAUGUAGUUCUAAGUUAAGGUAACUUAUAAGUAUACUAGUUUCACUGGUGAAAUGUUUUGCAGCAGUGGAUCACUGUUGAACAUGAGAAUGCAAAAUUACCGUAUUUUUCACCCCAUAGGGCGCACCGGCCCAUAGGGCGCACCUAUUUUUGGGGGGGGGGGGGAAAUAAAGAAAAAAAAAAUUAUUUCCCCCCAGGCACGGGGCUGGGGAAGCCCGAGCUUCCCCAGCCCCCAGAACAGGCUGCUAUCCGCAGGGAUGCAGGCAGCUCUCCGCAAGCCAUGGGAGCCCAGUGCGAAGUCGCGCCGGGCUCCCACAGCUUCUGCAGAGCUGCACGAAGCCUGGGGCACGCUGAGCUCAGUGCGCCCCAGGCUUCGGGAUGCAGGCAGCUCUGCGCAAGCCAUGGGAGCCCAGCGCAAAGUUGUGCCAGGCAGCUCUCCGCAAGCCUAGGGAGCCUAGCGGGAACUCCCGUGGGCUCCCAAGGCUUGCGGAUAGCUUCCCAAAGCCUGGAGAGCGAGAGGGGUCGGUGCGCACCGACCCCUCUUGCUCUCCAGGCUUCAGCAAAAGCCUGCAUUUGCCCCUUCAUUUUUGGAGGGGAAAAAGUGCGUCCUAUAGGGCGAAAAAUACGGUAGGUGUUUGGUAAUGUAUCUGCCAUGCAACAAGUUUUGGCUAGCACAGCUGUUGCACUGGAUUUCUCUGCUGUGGAGCAUUAAUUCUCACCCUUGCACUAGUGGGCAGAGAAUGCUGAAUUCAGCGCUUUGUGUUUUUUUUUUAAUUUGGUUACUUUUUAGACCAUAUUUGUAAAUAUUAAAAUAUGCUUGCCUUUUUGCUUCUUCCAGAAAGCUAUUAAGGAGAAAGACAUCCCCAUUGAAGGACUGGAAUUCAUGGGCCCCAGCAAAGGGAAGUCGGAAAACUCUUCUUGA